AUGAGAGAGGAGACUGGUAAUGAUCUACGUCACUAUAAUAUCAUGAACCAAAGCGAGGCUCGGAAUUGAUCUUACCCGGAAUCGCAAAUCAUCUUCGUUCUCGUGAGGUGUCGAAUCUGUGUUCUCUCUUCGUGUGUGCAAGUGUUUAACAGUUAAAAUGUCAGACUACUACGACAUUUUGGAGGUUCCAAGAAGUGCAACCGAUCAAGACAUCAAGAAAGCGUAAGUCUUUUUGCUAGUUUGAAUAUCUUCUGAAUCAUUUGCUGUUAUUAAUUCUUCACUUCAUGACUAGGCAAACCCAUAGUUCCCCCUUUGUAACAGUAUGCAGGUAUAUUUAGAGUUUGAGAUGCUUCCACAAAUCUUACUUGUAAGCUAGAAAGAACAUAUGUACAGACGUUCAUCGUCUUUUCUGCAUAAGGUUGCUGUAAGCUUUUAAGCAUGUAUUGAAAAUUUACAUAAGACUUAAGUGUGGUGUAUACGUUGCACAUUUCAGGAUUUAUACUUCUAUUGUAAUUAAGUUAUCUUUUAAUACUUUAAACUAAGCUUAAUGCUUCGAAUCACAUGCAAAGUUUGUUUGACGUUUUUAUAAGGUUUUAUCCCAUGCAUUAUCCUUUGUCCAUAUAGAUAAAACUAAAGGCACUGUGUGUUGGUAUAAUAUUGUUAUUCUUCAUUUGUAAAAAUGAGACGACUCGAACAUGACUUGGCUAAUGAAGUGUGUAAGUUCUGUACGAACGUCAUUAUUUUGUUUAUUCAGAAAGGAAAAGGGAAACCACAUUUAUAAAGUUUCUAAAGUGAGAUUGUUGGAAAUAGAAUUUUGAGGUUAUCUUGUGUACACAUGCAGACUCAGUGUUUUUCUCUUUUUGACAGAUCUGUUUGUUUAUUUGUGUAUGUCAUUUAGUAUAGUUUCCUGAAAUAUUAAGACGGAAUCCACCAGGACAUUGACUAAUUUUGAUUUUAAGCGGACAAAAAUCUUGUCCCAGAAUAAUUUAAAGCAUAUUGCAUUCUUUUUUAUAAGGGCUAAAGAUGUAAUAAAUCAUCUAUAGCAACACCAAAAAAAAAUUUCUUCAAAGUAUACCGUAAAAAGUCAAAAAAAUAAAAUAUAAGCCAAAUAUAAGCCCCCCAAACUUGUAACACAAAAAACCAUCCGUGAAAUCGCCUUUCUGAAUAUAAGUCCCCCCGGGGGCUUGUACUUGGAAAUUGCCCUAAAAUGCAAAGAAAGACAUAGCAAAAACGGUAAAUUUCCUUCCAACUAUAAGCUAACCCAAUCGAUUUUGAAACGCAAAUUUCCCUCCGUACAUAAGCCCCUCCAAAAAUAAGUCCCUGAAAAAGGGUUUUUGAAAAUAUAAGCCCCAGGGCUCAUUUUCAAAAUUUUACUGUAUGUUAAGCAAACCCAUUCUGUAUUGUCUACAAUUAUCAAUAGUUUUACCAGUUAUGCACACAUCAAGUAGAUUUUUUGUGCACUUGCAUGUAGUGUAUUUUGCUAGCAUCAUAUUUUGUAAUUGAUGUUAUACUACUACAUGAGAAAUUUCUGCAAUUUGAUGGGCUUAGAGCAGUGGUAUUUCAGCUUAAUGUGAAAUACCUACAUGUGAAAAUUACAAACCUUUUACGGGUAGUAGUAUAAACAAAUAAUAGCAUGAUUUGUAUGUGAUAUUUUGCAUAAAUACCACUAGUGAUAUUUCAAAAUUGUCUCAAAUUUCUCUCGCCUAACGUCUUGUGAAAUUCCGUAUAACAAUUUUGAAAUAUCACUCGUGGUAUUUAUGCCAAAUAUCACUACAAAUCAUGCUAUUACCUAUACAUAUACCACAACUGAUCACAGCAAGUACAUAAUAUAUUUAGAGCCACACUUAAUGCUAUUAUGGAAAUGCUGAAUCACAUCUGUUAUUUCAUGUAUCUCAUCUACCACAGCAGUAGAUUAAUGUCACUUUUACCUAGUCACACAACAGUAGAUGAACAUGAAGUAUUUUUUCCUACAGGUUGGGUUCUACCACAAUAUAGAUGAAAGUUUUUUAUUCCAGACAAAUGUGGUGUACUGUACAUAAUCAGAGCAUAUUAUAAACCUCAAUGCUUUUCCAUUUUCUUUUUGGAAGGUUUUGAUAAUAAGCUUUAUUCUCCUAGUACAUAUCUCAAUGGUUCUCUGUCAUGGCAGGAGCCUCCAAAUUUACAAAGUAACCUUUGACUUACUUCUUGAACAUUCUUAUGCUUCUUAACUUUAUUUCUGCUCGUACAUCUUCCAUGCAUGCAGUGUUUACUUCCUGCGGGUUGACCACAUAUGUUCUAUGGUUUCGCAUCAUGAACUCAUCGAUUAUGCAGCCAAUGCUUGGCGUACUUGUUUACAAUACUUGUUUCCUUCAAGAAGUGCUCGUUUAACAGUAUUGCUCAUUAUAGUUUAACAAGUAAAACUCAUUCUCAUCAACCCUUUAAACAUCAGCAUGAGAGUACUCAUUUUGAGGUCACUUUCCAGUUAGCUUGAAGUUAUUUACAGCUGUAGCUGGCCCCAGUUAUUCAAAUGUUGGAUAGCACUAUCCAGCGGAUAAGGGGAAACCGAUUGUGUUAUCGAGCGCAUAGAGAGUUAUCCAAUGGAUAGGGUUAUCCAGCUUUUGAACAACUGGGCCCAGUUGUUGGAAGGCCGAUUAGUGCUUAACCCGGGGUUAAAUUUAACCCGUGUUUCUCUUUCUUGUGUUCAAAAGCAUUUUCUCGGAUAAUUUUCUCUGUUAUAUUUAGAGCUUUCAAUCAUCAACUUGUAGACAACAAAAAUUAAAACUGAAAUUCUUCUUAAGCUUUCAAGUCUGAAUUCAAAUCUCGCACUAACCCUGGGUUAUCUUAACCCGGCUUUGAACAACUCGGCCCAGGGGCUUGCUUGAUAUACUACUUGUGAGCUUGGAGAGUUGAAGAGCAAUUGCUCAUCUUUUCAUCAUGUUAAGCACCUGGACCAGACAAAGGCUUCAAGUUAGCCAUAGUGCUAAUUUGAAACAUUCAAAGUCCACGUGAAGACAACUUAUUGUCCUGUGAAAGCUGCAAAAUCAUAACAUCAAAAUCUCUGGAACAACGCUCGCUAGGGAUGUUGAACAAUUAUUGUGGUUUUGAUAUUGGGUGCUCUUAUGUGAGCGAACUAAUUAUGAAAGUGUCUACACGUGGAUGACACAUCCGCUUAUUGCAGUGCCAUAAUAUUAUUUGUCUCUUAUGCUAUGCAUAACGCACGAGUUAGAAAUGAAUUAUAGCCCAAUCAAGUCAAACCUAAAAAUGAAAAUGAAUAUUACAAAACAAAGACUUGUCAUAUGGACUGGAAAGAUCUUUCCAGUGGAAUGUUAUAUCAGGGUGUUGUUUUAUACAUUUUAAUUUAACAUCAAUGAAUAUUGUCCAAAGAGUUGACUUGCAGGGCUUGGUAUAUUGCAGUUUCAAUGUACAAGAAAAAAAUUGUUUGAAAUCAAUUCUUCAUAAAAAUAAUGAUUUAAGCAAAACAAUGUAAGUUGCGCGUGAAUUUGUGCAAAUGCUUUUGCAUUUCAAUGUUUCCUGAACUUGAUCAUUUUAGAUCCAUGGCAACGAAAAAAAUGUAAUUAAAAUGGAAAUAUACAUUUUUCUAAACAUAAUGGUCGUUUAGUUGUAAGCACUAUGCAUGUAGCUAUAAUUCCAAUAUUUUUACUCAGUAGAAGUCGGACAGUAGAAUCAAAAUGUUUGUAUUUGUACCUUUUGUUGUUGAGAGUUGUGUUUCAACAAUUUUUUUGUAACUACCUGUAUAUACUGUAUGUUUUAAAUUUAUUAUCCUUCACUUCCAUGGACAAAGAUGAAGGGGUUUUAUAUUUGACGUAAACUGAUCUCACACAGCAACCUCUUGAUCCUGCUGCUAUGUUUUUUAGUCGUCUAAAACAGUUGACAAGUAUAAGUAAUAGAGAGAUUUAGAAUCAGGUUUACAGCAAAUGGCAAAUGUCAGAUUUUAGUCGGAAAAUUCUUUCAAAAUAGGGAUUGAGCAGAUAAAAACAGACCAAAAUAAUUCUUAUUGAUGAAAAUGUUGUGGAAAUAUUGAUUUUUGUGUAGAUAUGAUGAAGAGAAGGCAGUAAGUUAAGGUAAAACUUGAUCAUGUGAUGCAAAUUGCCAUUUGCCGUUUGCCAUAAACAUAAUUCUAAAUCUCUCUAAUAACACAGUUCUUGUACUGCUAGCUGUGAGUCGCCAAGGUUUCAAAUACUGCACAUGGUUUAUUUCAUCCAAAAUGUACUGAAAUACAGAAGAUAAAAUUCAAAAUCUACGUAAAGAUAUCAACAGGAACUACAAUCAGUCAAGAAAUGUUAAAACAAACCGUAAAUAAGAAUAAUAUUCAACGAAAUGAAUUACGGCAACAAAUGAGAAUUCAACUUUUGAUCCUAGGGUUUAAAGGGUUAAAACAAACCGUAAAUAAGAAUAAUAUUCACGUACCCGUUGGUGUCUCUCAAGUUUUGCAACUAGUAGUAGUGAUCUUUCUGAUCAACGAUUGUUAUGUCAUGUCAUUAGUCGUGAUUAUAUCACACAUGAAUUUGUGUUAUACCGAAACAGUUCUGACCUCAGUUAUUAACUGAGGCUUACUCUGCUGUGCAUGUGUAAUGUACAAGUACUUAGGUGUUGAAUGCAUAUUUCUUGGAUGUUGUUUUACAGAUAUAGAAAAUUAGCUUUAAAAUGGCACCCUGACAAAAACCCAGAUAAUAAGGAGCAAGCCGAGGAAAAGUUCAAAUUGAUAUCAGAAGCUUAUGAUGUAUUGUCAGACAGUAAGUUGGAUAAACAUUUUGUUUUGUGUUAAAGUAAAUAAUAUUCUUUUAGUAACGAAAUUUGCAAACUGACAUGUUUGCAGUAAGCACUUUUUAAUGGAUUCCUUUUUUACUGCACGCCAAACCAGGGUGCUUGAGAGAAGAUUAUAUAGUCUCAAUGUCCUCUUGAAAACAAAAGAUUCUUAAGUUUUUUGCAAGUCUUUUCUUACUGUAAAAUAUUCUUGAAUCAAAUUGUGUAAGUUGGGAUAGUAGAUUAAAGAGCUGACCCUCUCAGUCCUGGAUAAUAUUAAGCUGCAAAUUUGUGACAGAGCAGGCAAGUUGAUUAAAUUUUCCUCCUAAAAUAAAACUUGUCUGGAAACUAGUUUUGGACAAAAUUCCUUCUUUGAUCUUCCCCGAAGAUCAGGGGAUAAAUGUGGGCUCAUUUUCCCACACUACGGUUGGUAAUUGAGCCAACCAAAUUCCUAGAGAUUUUGGUUGAAUGUGUUGUACCCAGUGCACAAUGCACCUUUUAUAAAUUUUUUACUGACUACCCCUCCCCCCCAUGGGAUGUGACAUAGAAUGAGUUACACUAGCUCUGUUGUGCACACUGCCACACAAAAUAGGAAGUGCAAUAGUGCUGCGCGCAGUUACGAUUUAUAGACCCGAAACUCAGACAAACAAACAGAAAUUAACAUCGGCGACUUCAUCACUUUUGUCUGACUUUUGUCAUGAAAAUGAGAAAAAUGACAAAACUCAGACAAAAUAUUGUCACUCAUACGUCAUUUGUGCGCUACGCUAUUGAAACCUCUACUUACUUCUUCUAUCAUAGAACAGAAACGAGAUGUCUAUGACAGAUAUGGGAAAGAAGGAUUAACAGGAGGUAAGACAAAGAAAGAUUAAUAGAAAGUGAUCUGGCCGUGAUAAAAGUGAUUUUGAGAACACUUUGUCUUGUUUUUGCUACAAGCUUGUAGUUAUUUGCUUUGCUUUGGUGCAGUUUUCCCACCUGUAAGAAUAAUAUAGUAAGUACUGUUUAAAAAAAUGAACAGGAGUGUAUUAUCAGGGUUAAAAACUCGAGGUGAAACCAGGAGUUGUUACAUCUGAUAAUAGAUGACUGCUCGUUUUUUGAUUGGAUUCAAAAAAUCUGCCAUAUAGAUCAACUCAUUCUUGCACUAAUAUUUAGAUUUGGGUUUAUAUUGGUCUAAAACAUUGGUCAUAAAGUUUAGCCAUGUCUUUAUGUUAUAAAGACACUGAUUAAACAUCAAAUUCUUUUGUUUUUUCUUUGUGAAUUAUUAAUGAGUUUUUGGGGGUAUAUGCCUCUGAAGCAAAAUAUUAUAUACAUAGAAUGAAAAAGUAAGGUAAGGCUGAUUGGACAGCUAGGGAUUGGUAGUUAAUUUGUCCAAUAUUUUGACUAGUCAAAACUAGUCUUCAUCAAGGAUACUAAUCUGGUCUGUCCUGCAUGACCAUCAGGGAUUAAGUUUGUAGUGCAAUGCACUAAAAAAUUUUUGUCAUUCUUUUAAAAAUAUAAUUAUGGUCAAUUAUGUAUCCUUUAGCUGGGGGUGGCGGUCCCAGUGCUGGUGGCUUUCCUGAAUUUAACUUUCAUUUCCGUGACCCAGAUGAAAUAUUUAGGUAAGUUGCUAAUGCUUUACAAGACCUAAGUAAUAUGCCAAUGAAGAUCCUUAAGGAGAUUAUGUCCUAAAUUUGGGCUUUUAAGACAAGUUUAUCAAACAGUAGAAGGACUGCAAGAGUGAAACUGUACAUUGUUCAUCGUAAACCACAGGGCCUUUCAAACUGAUCCAACUUAAACCCACCCAUAACUCGAACUUUUGCUAAAUUGAGUCUUGUGGUACUUGAGCCAAAACAGAGUCCCAUGGAUUUUCCUCAUACUUUUAUUUCAAUUUUACCCUUGGUAACUCAAACCCUUGAUAAUUCAAACUUUCGAAUCUGCAAACUUGAAGUGACUUUUUUCCCCUUGAUAACUUGAACUAUUUUUUAAGGGUGUGACUGGUUGGAAAAAAAUUGUAAUUGCUAAAACAUUACUAAGUGUGCUGUCAAACUUCUUGUAACACUGAACAAACUCCUGGGUUCAGUUUCUUCAAGUGUAUUUAAGCAUGAAGACUAGAUCUGUUUUACAAUGUUUCUCUCACAUCACUUUUAAUUCUCUUCACUCGUGCACCAAGCACAUGUUUUCUGUUAAGUCGCACUACGUCAUACAGGGUUUCCAGUCCCAGUUGAGCAUGAUGCCUGGCACUAAAUUACAUAACGAAUAUAUCUUGAGGACUAAACACUUACACUCCUCACAACUAACACUAAGCUAUUGAAUGAAAGUGACAUUCAAGGUGAAUUUGGCCCGGCAACAAUAGGGCUAUUUAUACAAGGAAAAAUAAGACACGUCCUUAAUAAGACGCAAACUAUCUCGAAUAAAUGGCACAUUAACACGCAACUUAGCUAAGGUGCGUCUUUUCGAAGAAUAGGUGUUAUGGGCUGUUCUUAGAUAAGACAUGUCUUAGCUAAAUUUCAAACGAAGUGUGCCAUUUAUACAGGAUAGUUUGCCUCUUAUUUAGGAUGCGUCUUAUAUAAGACAGGUGUUGUUUUUCCUCGCACAAAUGGCCCUAUAAUAUUCUUGAAUAUGAGGAUGGAGCUGUCAUAAGCCAACACCAAAACGCCGUGAAAACAGAAACUGUGCUAUGCCAUUGACAUGUGACUGACAUAUUAUAGCUUUUUAUGGAGCUGUUGUUGAUCGUUACACAUCUACCGUGGAACAGCUUUCCAAAAUACUACAAUGUAAAUGGGAAUGGAUCUGCUUAUCAGCAUAGUCAGGGCCUUUUAACAAACUACUUCUCAAAACCGCAAAAUACAUGCUCUACUUACAUGUAAGACUUUGUUUUGUAACUUUGGGUUCAGAUUCAUAAAAUAAAUCUGAUCUACAAGUCAUACUUGUUCCGUUUUCAUUUGAGAUUAGUACAUGUGAUUAAAAUGUUCACUGAAUAGUUAAAACUAUAUUUUCCUAAUUUUCAGUCCUUUACUCCAAACACCUGAUUACUCAGUUUUCUUUCUUUCCUUGAAGGUUUGAGUUUUUGGGAGUCCACUGUAUUUACAGUGUACUACAGCUGUAUGUAGGCAAAUGUAAAAAACAAAAACAAAUGAUACUUGUAAUUAGCUUACAUAUAUUCAGUAAAAAAGAUGUAUUGAACACUUAAGCACAAGUCUUAAAUAUCAUAAGAUUAUCUUAACCAGUUGAUAGUUGAUAUCACUUUAUUUGUAUUUUUUCUGUAUAAAUAGUAUAUUUUUCUGCAUUGAUGGUGAACCAUUAACAACCCUUACCCUUUGUUCAACAGAGAAUUUUUUCAGCAUGAUUCCAUGUUUGACAGUUUCUUUGGUAAGGUUGAGUUAUUGUUGUCAAUAAGUCUAGCUUUCCUUGGUUAGAGUAAUGAAGCUUUUGAAGUGUUUGAUGAUGUUAAAAAGGAUUGUUUUAUAAAUAUUAUUUACAACUGCAGAAAUGUGCCAAGAUCAUAUUUCUGGGGUAAAGUAAACCUCUAAAGCUAAUAUUGGCCAUCACGCCUGCAGCUUGAAUUUUUCACAUGAGCAGAAAAAAAGAAAAUGAUGUUUGUAUAACAAUCCGUGCUUUUUAGUCAGUCAGCUGCAAGAAAUAUGAGUUGUAGUGAGGUUUAAAUGUCCACCAGACCAUGUUUGAAAUAAAUGCAGUGGUAUUUGUUUGCAUUUACACUGUGGAACUGCAUAAAAUGUAACAGUCUUUUAUAUGAUGCAUGUUUGAUACUGUUUACAUAUGAUAUUCAGUUUCACACCUUUUUUUGAAAAACCAGGCAACCGAAACCGAAGCCAGGGCCGGAUGAGACCGAGUGACCCAUUUGCAAGUUUCCCUGGUUUUAGCUUUUCUUCCAGUUUUGGAUUUGGUAAUGGUUUUGGCAGUGAUCCCUUUGGUUCAAACAGGUACAGAAAAUGUUUCCCUGACUUCUGACACCAUUGUAACUUUACCAGCAGAAAGUACUCUGGACAGAAAAGGAUAAACACAAUGUCUAAUUUUGCUCCCUCAGUCGAACAUUGUAUUGUUUUAAAUCUUAACUUUUAUCUCAAAGUCUGGCAUUUUUAAGCACUCUAGCUUUUGGAGUACAUUAUUUUAUUCAUUAAUUUUCUUACUUUUUUCUUCCAAUCAAUGCUACCUAUCUGUUACUCUGGAUCCAUACUUAAGUACAUGUACAUUUUAUUCUUGAUGCGUGCCAUUCUUGAUUUGUAACAUUCACUUUUUUUAAUUUCUCACUGUUAGCUUUACAUCAUUCCAAAGUUUCAGUCAUGGUGGUGGUGGUGGUGGAAGUCGUGGAGGUAAGUCACUGGAUUUUUCUUUUAAUAAUACAGUCAACUCUCUCUUAACGGACACCUUUAUAAGACGGACACCUCUGUAAAACAGACACCUAGAGUAGGUCCUUGCCUUUCUUUACUCCCUUUAUUUGACUCUCUAUAAGAUGGACACCUCUCUAAGAUGGACAGCUGGUGCCGGUCCCAAAGGUGUCCGUCUUAGAGAGAGUUGACUGUAAUUAUUUUUACAGUCAUAUCUUUUCCUGAAUCAUGGCGACCUUUUCUGAGAAACCUCUUAACAUUUGAAUGCCCAUUAAAAAUAUUUUUCUUGUUUGCAAAUCAAAGCUGAUUGUGAGAAUCUUGAUUCCAAUAUUAGUAAGGCUGUGAUUAUAGAGGUGAUGUAAAGCUAUAGAUUUCCUUAUGCUGUACUAAAGAGUCGUUAGCCUUGUACAGGUCAAUAGCAUGAUAUUUUCAUAAUCUGCAUUUUUUUCUUCCUUAGGGAAUUUUAAAUCAACAUCAACGUCAACAAAAAUUGUAGAUGGAAAGAAAAUAACAACCAAAAAGUAAGAUCUUACAUUUUUUAUAUCUAACCUCUCUAACAGACAGUUUAUAAUGUUCUGGUUAAAUGUUAUCCAUCCAAGGUUCAAUUUUUUUUAUUUUCCAAACUCAUUGGUAGUCUUUUCAGUAGAGCCUAGAUAAGCCAAGAAAUAUUUCCCACGUAACAAAAAUUAAGAUUGAUUGACAUGUCUCGCCUUUCUCAAAGCUCAAGAAACUGCAAAACAGCAAGUCAGCUAAGUCGGUCAUAAGGAUGGUUUUCAAGUCGCUUGAAACUUUCUUGAAUCGUUUCAACUUUCCGACUUUAAUGAGAUGCAAAGCAAAGUUACUUGAGAUUUUACUUAAACCUUCCACACAUGCAUUUUUGGUUAAGUAAAACUUAGCGGCUCUUAAGUCUUACUUAGCAGCCUAGUGUAAAGACAACCAUUAUCUCAUAUUAUUGAAAACAAAGCCAAAGGAACAAUGGACAUUACAAAAUUUACUUUCAUGUACACAUGUAUCAAGCUGUCUUAGACAAAAGGCCUGACCUUUUUUACAUUCUUUUUUAACCCUCUUGAGUUGUUCAUUUAGUUGCCAGGAUCACAUUCAUUUUCAUCAAAGAAUAUAUUUUUAUGGCGAAAAAAGAUUUGGGCAAUACUAAAUGAUCGAGAUGGCUUAUGUUUUAUGCUCUGGUAGCAUGUAAAAGAAAAACAUUUCUGAGACCUCAGAAAGUUACUGCAUCUUGAUACAGAUUUGACUAUAUCCUGAGACUGUACUUUUGAAACUAUUGAAAUAGGAAUACUCCUGGAACUGGUAGAAGGAUGAUCAUGAGUUCCAGGUAUAAAAACUCUGUGUGUUACAUGCAGGAUUUUCAUUUCAUUUCAUUUCAUUUAAUAGGACUGUUGAGAAUGGCAAAGAAACUGUUGAGGAAUGGGAAAAUGACGUUUUAAAGCGGCGGAUUGUAGAUGGCACCCUUCAACUCACAAACUAAUAAAAUAGUUACACUAAUAAUUAAGAUUACGAAAUAAAUAAUAGUAUAAGAAUGGUGAGAUGUGCAGAGUAAAGCAAAGUCUCCUGGUAAGUAUUCCAUUUUUUUCUUAGACCGAGGUGGUGAAUGAUCAAAUAUCAGAUAUCAAAUAUCAACCAUGAGACUUGCCAAGAAGCUCUGCGGAGACCCUAGUUUGAAACUCUAAGCUGCUAGAUUUUGUGUUGAAAAUUUCAUGACUGUAAAGUGGAAUGAAACACACAAGAAUGACUGAUGUCACAACUCAUUACAAACAUGGUUCGUACAAUCUCUUGAAAAUGUCUUGAAUUUUAGUAGUUGUCUUGAAAAGUCCUUGAUUUCAGUUAAGGUCCUUGAAAAGUACUUGAUUUCUUUAUUAGGUCUUGAAGAAUCCUUGAAAUUCGUUACCUUGUCUGAAAACAUGUUUUGUGCAUGAGCAAUAUCUUACUUCUGUUUCUUGAUUUUAAAUGCUGUUUCUGUACCUCAGGUGCAGCGUUGUUGUGGAAAGUAGUAUAAAAUAAUGUGAUCAACCGUGGCUGAAGAAGUAAAAAUCGUAAAUGACUUCAUGACGUGUUUUAGCCAAUAAGGUGUUCAAAACGAGGUCAAAGAAUGCCGAUUUACUGAAUAAAUCGUAGUCCUUGAAAACUGUAAUUUGUCCUUGAAAAGUCUUUUAAAAUUCCUUGAAAUUUGUUUGUCUAAAGUUGUGGGAACCAUGUACAAAAGCUGCUGAGAUUUCUUGAUUGGAUCAAAGGUUGACUGAGACCAAUGACUUACUGGGUAACGUUUUGCACUCUUUCAAAAUAAUGGAAGCUCAGCAGUGUAAAGGAACUGUGAUUUAUUUUAUAUAGUUUAAUCGUUAAGUUACUAAUUAAAAAAUAUAUUUUCCUACGCAGACUUUCUUAGGGUUUUGUCACACGAAAUGAACGUGUGGUGAAACCUUACACCAUACCUAAACCUAACGUUAAAUCAUAGAGGUAGCUAUGAGAUCAGAAAGCCUGCCUUUCUCUAAAUUCUGGGCUGGAUCUUUUCUUUCUCUAUUAACCAUAAAUACGUGUGUGUUAAUUUUAGUGGGAGGAGCUGAGUAAACACACAAUUUGCACUCUAAUGAAUAAUUUGGUUUGAACUUUUCAAACAUUUUGUAUGGUUACAGAAUCAUUCUGAUCCUCUUGGCAAUUUUUUAAUACCACUUUGUAGUUUUUCCAUGGCAAGCCUCCAAAUGCCUCUUUGUCAUUUUAUAUGCUUUCAGUCGUUUAAGCAUUGAUGUAACUAAAUUCAAUUUAAUAUCCUGCCCAUAUAAACCUUCCUUAACAAGGAGAAGAUAGGCUGAAACUAUGCCGCCAUAAUUUCUUCCUUUUUCUUGGAGUUGCAUUUUCCAAAUAUGCUGCCAUUUUUGUGUCAGAUUUAGGGGCUGUUUGCAUUGGGGAAGAUCCCCAUGGUAGGAAGAUCCUAAAAAGUGGAUCAUCGCAGCGACAUACAAUGUUUGUCUUCAGUUUACGUGCUAAAGAUUGUACUUGGUCCGGAACACUUUAUGUUUCUGGGAAACUGCCCACCCACCCCUCCCCUAAGCUAACAUUAACACUUACUUCUCACUUAAGACAAAACAACGGCUUAGGAGAGGGGUAGGUGGGUAUUUUCCAAGCCCUUGGUCCUAGCGUCGUUCUACUCUACAGGAGCUGCUUCUCUCAGUUUAAACAAGCCAUAGUUUCGGAGCAUUUAAACUUGUUCCCAGGUUCCUGUUCCUAAAGCGCUUUAGGGGAUGAAAAGAAGGGAGGGUCUGGGAAUGAGGGUGCAAAAUAGUGUCAUUAUUCUCAAAGUUUCACACUUAGUGUGUCAAGAAUCAAUUAAAGAAAAAUUGUUUUUUUAUUAAAAAAAAUACAUAUAUUUUAGGAAUCGUACCAUAAGAAAGGCUUGCUCAGUAUAGAGGUUUUAUUU